CAGUGUUUGUAUUUUAGUAAAGUAAUUCAUUUAGUUUAUGGUCUGUUUGAUCAGCGUAGCAGCAACGUUAUAAACGUCUGUGAUCGCGAUGUUCAAUUUUACGUUUUCUCUUCGAGCCCGUGAAGGCAGCGCCUGUGACGUCAUCGCAUGUCGCCGUUGCCAUGGAGACGGUCUAGUUGUUUUGUUGUUGAAACGGUCAGACUGUUAACCAGGAUCAGACAGAUGGAGUCACAUGAUGAAGAGCAGUGCAACAGAGCAGAGGAGGAAAUCAUCAUCAUCAGUGAUCUUCAUGUUUCAGCUCCUCAGGAUCUGCUCCGGAGUUUGGAGAAGACCGACGAGUCUCUUCCUGAGUCGUACCGCGUGAACUCGUCCGAUGAGACUCGGCUGCUGGACGUGGCUCUGAACUUCCAGCGUCAGUAUUCCCACUUGUUUCCUGAGCGUAAAGCGCUGCUGCUCUGCCCCGCCAACGAGUGCGGCGUCAAGAAGUUUGUGUCAACGACUCUUCAGCCCACACUGAGCAUCCACCCUGAGCUGUUCACCUGGGACGGCUGUGCCUCCUUCGUGGCUAACUUCCUGUCUCUGGAGCCUCUGGAGCCGCCGGUGGAGCUGCCCAGGUACCUGUUCUCCUCCACCUCCGUGCUGCAGAGUCAGAGAGCCACAUGUUUUGAGUUCUCCAGCCUGCUCUGCAGUUUGCUGCUCGGCGCUAACUACGACGCUUACUGUGUGAGCGGCUACGCUGUCAGAGAGAUGUGUCUGCUGGACCAGAGCCUGCAGGACUGCCCCCUGCUGGACACCCAGGCCAAGGUGGUGACCUCAGAGCAGGAACAACAGGACAAUAAAUACACAGUGAAACCUUUGAGGCAGCUGAAAAGUCACUUUGUGAUGCAGCAAGAGAAGAAGAAACAGGAGGCUGAAGCUGUGCUGCUUCACAGACAAACACUACAGGAGAGCGGGCCGCCCCCUGCUGACCCCCUGUGGGGCUUGCGGGUGCACUGCUGGGUUCUGGUUCUGGCAGGCAGCCGCAGCGUCCAGGAGAACUUCUUCAUCGACCCUCUGACAGGAAAGAGCUACGACACCGCCAACAGCAACUUCCUGGGCAUCGAGAGCGUGUGGAACGAUCUCAACUACUACGUCAACAUGCAGGACUGCAGGAACGGCUGCACUGACAUGCUGUUUGACCUGGAUGAUGUGAAUCUCUGGGAGCCGGUCCUGUUCGGUGCAACCAGCAGGAAACAGCUGAUUGUGGACGUCAUGAAGAAGAAGGAGAGUCGUCUGUUGAGCAGAAUGAACAAUGAUGACGAGGAGGAGCAGCAGCCCCGAGCCUUCGAGAUGCCCAGAUCCUGGAUCAGUCCCAUCUGCAUCUCAAAGAAAGAUGUGGAGCGGCGCUGGCCUGCAGGACAGAGGACGAGCCACUACAGCAGAGCUAAGCUGGAAGAGUUCAGUCCCUACCUGAGGUCAGACGGGCUGCUCACGAGACUCACCUGCUACACACACCUGGACUCGGUGGUCUCGGUGAAGGAGUGGUACCGACACAGAAACGACCACCUUGAGGAGAGAGAGGUGAACCAUGUGGAUAACUUCACCGUGGAGCGUUUCACACGCGGACGACGGUUCCACCUUUUAUUUCACAGGUACGCUCACCUGUCCGCCGCAGACACCGAGCGUCAGAUGGAGUUCAGCAGCGUUCGUGUGGACGGUCUGGUUCGGAGGGUGGAGGCACCGGGGGAGAUGACGGAGACGUUCGAGGGCCGAGACGACUUCCUGUUCUUCAGACGCUCCGUCUUCCAUCCUCACGUCCAGUUCACUGACGAUGACGUCACCUUAAAGCCUGAAGAGCAGCCGCCCACGAAAGUGGUGGAGCGUUUCCACCGGAACAGAAAGAGACCAGCCGGAGAAGACGUGGCGGAGCGAGUGUUCCUAUUGGCUCAGAGACGGGUGGAGGUGACCUAUCACCUCGAGGAUCACAGGUUCAUCCCUUCAAAGAGAAGCUUCAUCAAACCCAGAGAAUCCACAGAGGAGCAGAAAGAGGAGCAGUUCACUGCAGACAUGGUCUCCAGCUUCCAGGUGGAUCCAGCUGAGCAGCCUGUACAGACUCUGGCUCUCUAUGACAUGCUGGUGGUUCUGAUGGAGGAUGAGAAGAAAGUUCUUCUUCAAAUCAAAGAGUCUCAGAAAGAGGUGAGAGACAUCGUGGCCUGCAGACAACAGGAGGAGACAAACAUCCAGCUGCUCUUCUCUCCAUGGACGACGACUGGAGCUGCAAAGGCUCACAGCCAGAGACUGGAGAUGGAGCGCGUGGCUGCAGAGGAGCAGAGGUGGCUGCAGGAGAAGGAGCAGGACCUCCUGGCUCCUCUGAUGAUGUCACUGGACAACACAGAGACUCUGAGCCCGUCUGAUGCUCAGCAGCUCUACCAGAACUGUCUGCAGGACUUUAAACUGAGGCUGGUAGAGCAGGCCAACCUCAUCCAGGAGCGCUAUGAACAGGAGACAGAGGAGCUGCAGGAGAAGCAGCUCUGGUACCAGAAGAACCAGCUGAACAUGAACCAGAACCAGAAGCAAGAAUACCAGAAUUACUGCUGCAAGAAGACUCUGCAGAUACACACUGCUAAGAAGAGGCUCAGCAUUCACAGGGAUUCAGCUCCUCAGAAGUUACGUGCUCUCGAUCAGAGGCUGAAACGAGACGCUCGAUUGGCUCCUCACCUGCUCAGCUGAUCAAACAGCUGUGACAUCAUAGCUGUGACAUCAUAGCUGUGACA